AUGAAACACCUGGCAUGCAACUGCCGAGGGCUUGGGAACCCUCGGACAGUUCGAGAACUUCACCUCAUGGUGAAGGAGAAGAGCCCGAAUGUCAUCUUUUUGAGUGAGACCAAAUGUAAUAGAACAAGGAUGGAGGGGAUCAGAAACAAACUGAAUUUUGAUCACAGUUUUAUAGUGGACUGUGUUGGCAGGAGUGGUGGCAUAGCAUUUUUGUGGAAGAAGGAGGUGGAGGCAGAACUGAAUUCGUACUCAAACCAUCAUAUUUCCUUAACUGUAUUUCCUGAGAAUUUGGAGAGGAGUAUUCUUUUAAUCGGCUUCUAUGGACAUCCAGUAGCUGCAAAAAGAAAAGAGAGCUGGAAUCUUAUUAGACUUAUACACUCUAAUAUCCAAUGCCCAUGGCUGUAUUUGGGAGAUUUCAAUGAAAUUCUCCUUCAAGAGGAACAAUUUGGCUCUCAUGCCAGACCAUUUCACCAAAUGGAGGCAUUCAGAUCAGUGGUUAAUGACUGUGGUAUGCAAGACCUGGGAUACAAUGGGGACUGCUUUACCUGGAGUAAUAGAAAAGAAGGGUCAGACUUCACUAAAGCCAGACUAGAUAGAGCCUUUGUCAAUAAGGGUUGGAGGGAUCUCAAGCUCAUUAAUUCAGUGUAUGAAGCAGCAUGGGGUAAGAAGGAGGAAUGUGGACUCUUAGUUAAACAAGCCUGGCUUCAAAGUUGUCAUCUCAGUCCUAAGCUAAAAGCUUCUCGAGAAGGGCUUAUAAACUGCAGAGAGAAGCUUAAGGCUUGGGGCAGGAAAAUUCAGCAAGCUCAAGCAGAGAUUGACAAACUGUUAGGGAGUGAAGAGUUGAAAUGGAGACAAAGGGCAAAACAAAGAUGGCUUCGAGAAGGGGAUAGGAACACUAAAUUCUUUCAUCAGUGUGCUUCUCACAGGAGAUUGGUCAACACUAUCAAGCAAGUUGCUAAUGAGAAUGGAGUUACUGUUAAUAACCAGAAGGAAGUAGGUUUGGCUUUUCAAGACUUUUAUAGAAACCUUUUUUCUACUUCUGAUCCUCAAGGAAGUGAUGCUUUGCUUCAUUCCUUCCAGGCCCGUGUCACUAGGGAAAUGAAUAGGACUUUAACCAGUCCAUAUUCCACAGAGGAAAUCCAAAUAGCUAUUCUUGACAUGAACCCGAUGGGAUCUCCUGGGCCAAAUGGCUUUCCAGCCCUAUUCUAUCAUCAACACUGGCCAGUAGUUGGAAAAGAAGUCUCUGAGGCAGUCCUGGAAUUACUGAACACAGGAAAGGGUUUCAAGGAUAUUAACAGCACCUUUAUAUCCUUAAUACCAAAGAAGAAAGUCCCUAAAUCUGUCACAGACUAUAGGCCUAUAAGCCUUUGCAAUGUCUUCUAUAAGAUCAUUGCCAAAGUGAUAGCAACAGAUUAA